AUGGAUAAAUCAAAAUUUACAAAAGUAUUUAACAAUAAUGUAUUAAAUAGAUUGAUAUUUCAAUUUGUUCAGUUUUGUAAUGUUCAAUCAAAAUUACAUCUCAAUGAUAAAAAGAGAUAUGGAUGGAGUAAACUUAUUCAGAAUCCACGGGCAUUGGCAGGCAACGGUUAUUUUUCACUGCUAAAAGAAUAUUUUCAAUCGAAUUCAAUAGAUUCUUUCAGGGAUAUCGAUGUUUUCAAAAUAUUAAGGUGUGCCAUUCAAUCGAGCAAUCAAAAUAGUAUCCAUAUUCUCAGAAAAUCAUUAUUUGCGGUCUAUGCAACUCGAUCCAAUCGAUUCGACAUUGUCAAGUAUAUGGAUGGCUUGGAAGGUACUAAGUGGAACUACGACCAGAGCUUAGAUGAAGCACCGAAAGUAAUCAACGAUAGCGAUCAACCUGGAAAUCUGGAGAUGUUGAUAUUCUUAUCGGAACGGACGAAAUCAUCGAGUAGUGUGUUGGGUAAUGCUGCAUUGGUUGGACGAGUCGAUAUGAUCGAAUGGCUAAUAAAGAAUAGACCGAGUAAGGAUCUAAGGAAUAGUAGGAUGUAUAUGAAAGCAGUGACAGGUGGUCAUAUCAAUGUUCUUGAAUACCUACAGAGAGAGAACUUGGAUUCACCGUUGGCCGACGGAUUCUGUCUUUUAGAUAUAGCUGCUUCCAAUGGAAAGUUAGAUUGUUUAAAGUGGCUACACUCCAAUAAUAUAAAUAGAUGUUCUACCGAUGCAAUGGAUAUGGCCGCAGAGAACGGAGAUUUACAGACAGUAAAGUGGUUGCAUUACAACAGAACAGAAGGAUGUACUACCAAAGCAAUGGACGGUGCGUCAAAGAAAGGUCAUCUGGAUUUGGUCAUGUGGCUUCAUUACAACAGAACAGAGGGAUGUUCUACCAAGGCUUUUGACGGUGCCGCAAAGAAAGGUCAUAUUGAUUUGGUACGGUGGUUGCACGAGAAUCGUACGGAAAGUUGUACAAUGUUUGCUUCUAGCAAUGCGGUAAUAAAUGGACAAUUGGAAAUCUUAAAAUGGUUUAACAAGAAUCUUCCACAGAUGAUUGAUCCUGACGUUAUGAAUCUAGCUUGUGAAGCAGGACAUAUCCACAUUGUUAGGUGGAUGCAUGAGAAUCGUACUGAAAGCUGUAAUCCAUUCUCGAUGGAUGAAGCGGCGAGAUUCGGCCAUUACGAAGUAGUGAGAUUUCUUCACGAGAAUCGAACAGAAGGUUGCACUCAGAAUGCGAUUAACUUUGCAGCAACCCAUGGUCACUUGAAUAUUGUACAGUAUCUUCAUUUCAAUCGAACAGAAGGUUGUUCGGUUUCGGCAAUUGACAGUGCCGCUAGAAAUAGAUAUUUAAACGUCGUAAAAUGGCUGAUAGAAAACAGAACAGAAGGAUUUAGUAGUAAAGCAAUCUCCAUCGCAGAAAUGACUGACUAUCACGAAAUUGUUGAAUAUUUAACACAAAAUAUUAACCGUCAAAUAUAA